UAGGGAUACCUUCGAGCAAGCAUGUCGUUUUCGCUCACGUUCGCUCGGAGGUCCAGGCUCAUCAUAUGGGCGGGAAAACGCUGCACACGAGGCAUCCACCGGAGGUCUCCCACUGUGCCGGCAGCCCAUGGCCCGGCGAGGUACAGCACGGAGGCCCUGGCCCAGCCGUCGCCGCACGCCGAGGACCGCAGCUACCCCGAGAAGAUCUCGCGGAUAGUGGACGACAUCUCCCGGCUGACGCUCAUGGAGGUGGCGGACCUCAACGACCUGCUCAAGAAAACGCUGAAGAUCCAGGAGACUCCCAUGAUGGCCGGAGGGUGGGCCGCACCGGCGCCGGCGUCUGCAGGCCAGGAGGAGGAAGAAGGCAGUGGAGUGGCCCAGGUGAAGACAGCGUUCACGGUGAAGCUGGUCAAGUUUGAAGAUUCCAAGAAGAUCCAGCUCAUCAAGGAGCUCAAGAACCUCAUGGAGGGCAUCAACCUCGUUCAGGCAAAGAAGUUUGUGGAGAGCACUCCCCAAGUGGUGAAGGCAGACCUGCCGAAAGAGGAAGCGGAGAAACUUAAGGCGGCCAUCGAGGCCGCCGGCGGGACGUGCGAGAUCGUCUGAGGGCAGACGAGUAGACUGUACAGGUGGCGACUCUCGCGGUGCUUGGAAGCGUUACAUAUUAAUCACAGCUCAACGCUGUGUCCAAGUCCCCUUUUUCUCACGUUGUUAGUUGCUGUAUUUGUAUGUGUAGGAUUUAUAAUAAAGAUAAUUAUUUCAGCAA